CUUUUAGUCGUUACAGGAGCUACGGAUGGACUUGGGAAGGCUUAUGCGGAAAAUCUUGCCAAAAAAGGAUUAAACAUUGUCCUCAUUAGCAGGACGCAGUCUAAAUUAGAGGCAGUUGCCUCAGAAAUAGAAAAAGAGUACACUGUUCAAACGAAAGUGAUUGCAGUGGAUUUUACAGAACCAGUAGAAAUUUACCAUGUUAUAGAAAAGCAAUUGGUGGGUUUGGAGAUCGGAACUUUAGUGAAUAAUGUUGGAAUGAGUUAUCCCUAUCCUGACUACUUCCUCGAGCUUAAGGACAGGGAUAAAACGUAUCCAGAAAUUAUAAAUUGCAACAUUUUAUCGGUAACGAACAUGUGCAAAAUCGUGAUGCCGGGAAUGGUGGAAAGAGGUCGAGGGGUUGUUAUCAAUAUAUCGUCAACUGCAGCUCAAAUUCCAAGUCCUUUACUCACCGUCUACGCCGCUACUAAGGCAUACGUUCAAAAAUUUUCGGCCGACCUAGGAGCCGAGUAUGCAAAACAUGGCAUAACUGUUCAAUGUACUUUACCCGGUUAUGUGGCAACAAAAAUGUCAAAAAUACGAUCGUCUACGUGGAUGGCUCCUAGUCCGAAGAAAUAUGUCACGAGCGCUCUCAGAACUGUAGGUGUACAAGACAACACCACCGGCUAUUUCCCACACACGCUCCUCGUAGGGGUUGUUCAUACCCUCUACGCCUUAUCGCCAAAACUUGCCAAGUGGUUCAUUAUACGAACUAUGGAGAAUAUUCGAAACCGUGCGAAACGCCGAAAUAUUUAUUAAACUUGUAAUAAUGAUAUAAUUUUUAAUAAACAAUUUGUUAGUUAUU